GACCUAUCCCGAUUAGUAUAGUUUGUCAGACGUCAGUAAAGUUAGUAGUUACUAUAUAGUAAGAACUCAGUUGUUGUAGUCAUGCUCUGUACUCAGUAGACUAGAUAGUACGCAGAAUGAGCAGUUGUUUAAAUAAAAUAAUUUAUAAUAUUACGUUUACGACGUUUAUCAGGUAAAUGUUGGUUUAACAUUUUAAAAUGCCAAAAGUGGUUUCUCGCAGUAUAGUGUGUUCGGACACCAAGGACCAAGAAGAAUAUAACGAGGAGAAGCCGCUGCACUCGUAUUACUGUUUGUGCGGUCAGAUGACAUUAAUUUUGGAUUGUGCUUUGGAAAAACUACCUCUUCGCAAACGGGAUGGGGCCCGAGUAAUUGAUGGUUCUAAGCAUGCCAAUAAAAUGACCUACGAUCAAGACGAAACUGUUUAUUUGAAACGACAAGAAGGUGUAGAAAAACAACAUAGAUUAAAGUGCAAAAAAUGCGGUUUAUUUUUGUACUAUAAACACCAGGCCAAUAAUAAUGUUUUUUUUAUUGUACACGGGGCUUUGAUCAAAUGUACUGGCGAGGGUCCUAAAAUGGAUAUAUAUAAUCAAGUGGCUGUUGAAAAACCAAAGAAAAUUAUGGUCACCAAGCAUACUAAGAAUAUGGGCAAGUUCAGUUCGGUGACAGUAUCUACUAUUGACGAAGAAGAAGAUGAAAUUGAAGCGAGGGAAGUAGCAGAUUCAUAUGCAAACAAUGCACGUAUUAUUGAAAAGCAGCUAGAGAGGAAAGGCAUGCAUAAACGUAAAACAGCAGAUUUUGUAGAACCAGAAAUAGUAUUGGACAUUAAAAGACAUGCUCGUGGUACAUUGCUAGAGAAAUAAUAUUGUAUUUUUAUUUUUUAUAAGUUAAUUUUAAUACUGUAAUAUUACUUUCUUAUUUGUAAAUAAAUAAACAAUUGACUUGCGAU